UAUAUUCGCUGGUCUGGGAAUGUUAUUAGCCAAGUCUGGCACUAUUACUCCUACAAGUCAGGUGAAUGAAGUGAAUUGUAGGCAGUGACGUCGCUGUCCUGACUGUGGUGAGGAGCUCAUUACAGAGAAAGGACGUGUCCGAGCAGAGAAAGGACGUGUCCGAGCAGAGAAAGGACGUGGCCGAGCAGAGAAAGGACGUGGCCGAGCAGAGAAAGGACGUGUCCGAGCAGAGAAAGGACGUGGCCGAGCAGAGAAAGGACGUGGCCGAGCAGAGAAAGGACGUGUCCGAGCAGAGAAAGGACGUGGCCGAGCAGAGAAAGGACGUGUCCGAGCAGAGAAAGGACGUGUCCGAGCAGAGAAAGGACGUGGCCGAGCAGAGAAAGGACGUGUCCGAGCAGAGAAAGGACGUGGCCGAGCAGAGAAAGGACGUGGCCGAGCAGAGAAAGGACGUGGCCGAGCAGAGAAAGGACGUGGCCGAGCAGAGAAAGGACGUGGCCGAGCAGGGAGACCCUGUCGGGAAGGAUACAGUAAGGCAACCGAGCCGAGCGGUCUGACGAGCGAGGUUUGCUAAUCGAUCGUAGGGAAAUUCCUCUUGCUGCACUGUAGGCUUGUAUUCGGUCCACAAUCCAUAGCCAGUGAGGGGUUAUGGGAGGCGUGGCGUGCGUGUGUUUUGGUUGAUUGUACGCGAGCAGCAGCAUUCUGUACGUGCCUGAGGAUCCAUACAAGGAAGACCAACAAGCAGAGUUGCAGUAAUCCAGCCAGGAUGACACAAGGGCCUGGACGGUGCGCUUAGCAGUGUAUGCAGGAAGGGAAUAAUAGAUUUCACAGAUGUUGUAGAGAGAAUAUUGUCACAGUCAUUUAUGGAUAUACUUCCCCCCCCACCCCCUCAAAAAAUGCACUUUGAUUCUAUGACACAUUUGCAACCACUAGUGUUGCAGUAAAAUAUCAGUUUUAUGCAAUUAGUGAACUGGCUUGUUUACUGGACCCUAUGAAGUUUAUCUACACGGUGAUGCCUCACCCACUGAAGCUGAUUCAGAAAUCUGAUGGUGAUGGCUCUCCUGUGCUUGGAAUCUGAGGUAAAGGAACACUGAACUAAUGACGCAUUACUGAUUACCUGUGACAGUCAGCAGCUAACUUUAAAAGCCUCACUUUUACAAGUUUUAAACCUAAAUUCUUGCCUGUGAGAAAGUGAAAUUUUACUCUACAGGCCAUACAAAUGAAAGCCAGCAAAACUCAGAGGAAGACCUGAUAUUGCAAACCCAAUGUAUGAAAAUACCCUGCCAACUGCAAUUGCUUAGAAUCCUUUUAUGAAUGGUUCAAUACUGGAGGAAAAACUGCAAGUCUUGUCAAAAGAAACACAAAGUUUAACAUGGCCCUGCGUCAGUUUAUAUAUUAAGCAUGAACCAUUUCAGCCACUAUCGAACCGUGACCCGCCUUCACGGGAAGGCUCGUUUUCUUUGACAAUCUUGAGACAGUGAAACAAAGGACAAACAAACAAACAAACAGUCUGUUUUUCAAGGGAAGUCAUUUGGCACACCAGCGGAGCAAAAAAUGUUCAGGACUUUCCAGUACCACCUUGUUUGAUGGAUUAGGGGGCGGGGAAACAUGCCAAUUAUUUUUGAGGGGCGUUAUCAAUUUUUAACAUCAACUUCUGCUUCCUCAGACUGCAUGGGAUCUGAGUGGCUUCAGUCUCAUUGGUGAGGAACUUCCAGAGGAGGAUGGACACCAGGAAAAGACAGAACGCUAGAGCGGUCUCCUCGCUUUCCCACCUCUCGGUCUCGGACAGAAAAAAGGAAGCGUGUGCGAAGAAACCAGCCGUGUGACUGACGCAUUAAGGCAUCCGUCUGUCAGCAUGGAAAAGGAGACAGGGGCCGCCCCAGGAAACAGGCCAUCGUCUCGGGGUCCCAGCGCCCCCGGGUCUCCUGCCGUCACCAUUGUGACAAAAUUGGACAAGAAGGUGAUUGGAUACAAGGACCUGGCUGCCAUCCCCAAAGACAAGGCCAUUCUGGAGGUGGAGCGGCCGGACUGGAUUACCUAUGAGCCCCACUUCAAUUUCUCCUCUCUGGACCGAGCUGAGCCGUCCCGGAGCCGAGAGAGGUCCAUGUCACCUCACUCCAUCUCGCCCCCUCCCUCCCCAGGGAGCUCAGGAAGGGAGCUGAAGGAUUUGCCAGAGGAGUCCUCUGAUUCACCUCCAUCCUGCAAAAUCAGUGCCACCACAGGCCCUGUGCAUCACUUUCACAGGCCUGACAUUGGCACUAAUAUCUACAGGAAGCCACCAAUUUACAAACACGAUGCCUCUGCGUCCGGCGUACAGGCCAAACACAGAGGCGACCUCAUCAUCAAAUCCUCCAAAUUCCCCGCUGCCCAGCCGCCGGACCCCAACCUGCCCUCCAAGAUUGAGACGGAGUACUGGCCCUGUCCCCCCUCCCUGGCCACCAUGGAGAUCGAGCGGAGGAUGAGGCAGAGGAAGGGCGGGGAAGGUGCUGAGGGAGAGGGGAACGAUGAAGAUCUGACGGAGGAGGAGAAGAAAUCGCAGGAGCAGGAACUGAGCAAGAUCCAGUCCAACCUGGGGAAGCUGAUCCUCAAAGAGGAAAUGGAGAAGCCCGUACCGUUCCGCAGGAAGACUCGUUCGCUGCCCGACAGGACGCACAUGCACAUGGGGUCAUCUUCAAACGGCUCCAAAUGCAGCACCCUGCCUGCCUGCAGCCGUUCAGGAUUGACACGGCUGCAGUCCGCGGAGUUUCCCUCCACAGUGAACGAAAUCACAAGGCCUGGUGUACAGAAUGGAGAAAUGCAGACAGGGCGAAUGGACAGGGGGAAUUCCCUCCCCAGCAUCCUGGAGCAGAAGAUCUACCCGUACGAGGCGCUCAUCGUGACUCACAGGGGGCGGAGCAAACUCCCACCGGGAGUGGACCGCACCAGGCUGGAGAGGCACCUGGACCCGGAAGUGUUCCAGCAACUGUUCGGAAUGUCAAUUGUGGAGUUUGACCGGCUGUCGCUAUGGAAACGGAACAACCUGAAGAAGAAGGUUUCGCUCUUUUGAAGGAUCAGAGAGGAGCUUCCCUGAAACCACGAACCCAAAACAAAUACAUCCCUGGAAGAAAAUAAAACCCCUUUCUUUUGAAAACCAGAGAAAAAAAAACAACAAAUAUAUUUGAGCAGGAUGAUGAAUCUCUGAAUCGUAGAGAUUAUGCAAGUCCCUGAAUAUAUUGUCUUUAAAAAAAGUCCUAUUGAUGUCCCACUCUUGAUUCAUAUUUACAAACAAAGCGAGUACAGUUUACAGUGUAAAGGCCAGAGCCACUGCAUCAUGUCUCUCUUUCUCUUUGUCCCUCUGCAUCAGCAAAAUGUAUAAAAUAUUACAAAAGGGCUGUACGUUAUAGAUCGCUUACACGCCCUGCGUGACUCUGUCCUCACGCAGGGCAUGGUCGACCGCCGUCUCUCUGUCUCUAGUCGAUGUGAACCUGUCUCGUGAGUGAAAUGCACGGUUAUCAGUUAGCAGUCUAACCCCCCCCCCCCCCCCCGAAACUAACGCACUUGUUUGGUCCGCAGUUAAACUUGUCGCAACGUUAAGCGCCGUUAGCAGAAAGACAGGCCGCGAACACCGCGCGCCUCCUGUGGAAAAAUAUCUAUAUCAGCGUCUCCGCUUCGUCACAGCAUCAGCUACAGCAAAUCCACGAAAACUGUGUACUUGUGUUUUGCGAAAUAAAUUUUAAAAAAAUAAAGGAACUGAGAACAGUAUUUUAACAACACCAUCGCUUCACCCAGUUGGCAGAGAAUAUGUUUUGGUUUUUUUUUCCACAAAGGGAAACGGAUGAACGAGUGCAGAAUAAUGUGUUCUAAGAUGUAGGCCUAUUUUCCUCAUGCUUACUUUUGUAAAGCUCUGUCAGGUUUGCUGUCCAAAUAGGAAACUGAGGUGCUCCAGCUGAGUGUAAACUCAAAGAGUAUUUGACCUUUCCCUGACCUUCAGCAGAAGAUAGAUCCCUCUGAAUGUUUAUUUGCCCUUAUGGCCAGCAGGUCAGGUGUAUUGGUGCUCACUGUUAACGUCUGGCUGUCCCCACAAACACACGUUCAGGUCAUUUAUACUUAAGGGGCACAUUAUUUAGAAUUUUAAUAUUUUCUUAACAUUGAGAAAUCCUCUCAAAUCUGAGGUGCGUUCAAAUUCAGCGAACAAGGCGAACGUUUGCAAACUAUUUCAAACGGUAGCUUUGUGUUCGCCGCAAACGUCUGCAAACAUAAGCAAACGGUCUGAAAAGGUAGUUUGCGGCGAACAAAAAUGGACGCUGGACUGAGGGAAAUGUAUUCGCAGAUGGGUAUUUCAAUUGAAGAUGCCGGUAAGUGUGACUAGUUUUUUCAAUAAUGUUAUUGCUAACGCUGGCCAAUGUUAUUAUUGUUCGCUAGCUUUUCUUUUUUUUACCUUGUCUUUUUAUGUUUAAUGCAAACAAUUUGGAACGUUCUUAAAAAGCCGUUCAAAUUUAACCGUUCAAAGAAAACAUGUUCGCCACGAACGUUCGCCUCUGUUCGCUGAAUUUGAAUGCACCUCCGCUCUUUCAGAGAGUGACUGCUGAUGUCACUUCCUCAAUGCAACAGAGGUGCGUUCGUAUUUUUUACAGUCUCUGGUUCAAAUGAACCGCUCAUGUGAACCUGUAACGACCCGGUCUGGGUCAGACCGUAACAGGAAAAAAACGAAAAGGGAAGUGAAUGAGAAAUGGGUAAUGAUUCAUGAUGAGCAAGCAACUCCAGUCCCUAACUGCCUAUCCAAAAAAGAAAAAAACAAUCUAAAGCCUAGCUAAUCUUCAAAAGGUUUACCGAGUUUGGGGCACCCCCCUGAGCUGGAACCUGAGUGGCCGGGCAGAGGAGGGGACCCCCAAAACGGCAGUGCCAACACAAACCCGAGAAAGACUGAAUUUAAAUGAAGAAACGCCCUCAGUCGCUUCCAUAGCUUAAAUAUUUCUCUUCCACAUACUUUAAUAUCAUUCCAGUCAUAACUGUUAAUAACAGCAACAUAAUAAUAAUGUCGAUAAAAUAAUUGUUCAUAAAUAAAAUUACUUGAUGGGAAGUGCAUUGCAUUACAUGCCAGAUACCUUUCUCCACCACAACAGACUAGACAGUUACAAUAGUUGUGUGCUGCAAAGCUUAUAGAUAGACAGCAUUACCUAUGUGAUUACCUAUUUAAACAGGCUGUGGGCAGUUAGAAGCUGUAAUGUCAGCUUCUGGCCUCCCCUCUCAAUAUCUAUCAGAAGCAUUGUGGGGACCUGAAGUACAAAACUUCCCUGCUGCCUGUACCUAUAUACAUACUGUACCAUAGCAUUGUACAGGGCAGUGGGAUAGUGCUGGAUUCAAAUGGUUUUGAUCAUUGGUGGGACUUUUGGGUUGAAUACACUCUCCGCCAUAGUUGCAUCCUUAUCCGGACAUCCUGACCGACACCUGGAUACCUGUGUCUGUGUUAUCUGCCUCCGUCUCUUUGCUUAAAGGGUAGUCGGUGAUGAGUGUUCCUCCCUGUGCUGUUCAGCCAUGUUUGUUUUCAUGGUCUCUUCUCACAAUGUCCGCCAGGGCAUUUCAAAGCUUCGUGCCUCAUUGUGCGCGUGCGUAUGUGUGUGUGCGUGUGUGUGGGUAACAACAUAAAGCUUAGGCCGUACUGCAUCUCUCAGCCAUACUUUGGUGCUUCUGCUUUUUGUUUCUACAUCACAAUGUCUCCGGUGUAGGGGAAAUAAAAUCGAGGAAGACAAAA